GAGGGCUGCGGGGCAGCGCGGGGAGGGGGGGGGGCCGGGCUGUGCGCCGUGACGCAACGCGUCGCUGGGCGGGCGGAAGCGGCGCUAGCGGCUCUGUCAGAGCUCCCUGAAGAUGUCUGGCUUGUAUUGCUUCAAACUGUCUGGACAUUUACUGUUUAACUGCUGAAGCUUUCCAACCAUUUGUUCUUCUGAAGCCUUUGGCUAUCGAUGUGUUAGAAUUGGCUACUAUGGAAUCAAGACCAGCUAAACUGAGAAGAUGUGUUCAAGAUGAUCCAGCCAGAAGAUUUUUCACUUUAUAGAUAUCCUGGUUUUGUUUUAAUAUGUAAUACAAUUUGACUAAGUCAAGUUCAGUUACUUUUCCUGAAAUUAAGACACACCUGUGGCCUUCAUCAAGAUGUUUCUAACAUUUUCAAGAAAAAAUAUGUCCCAGAAACUGAGUAUGUUUUUACUGGUUUUUGGAAUCAUUUGGGGUUUAAUGUUGCUACGCUACACUUUUCAGUAUCCAAGACGUCAAAGCAGUGCCGAGUUGCGUGGUCAGAUAUUAGACCUAAGUAAAAGAUAUGUCAAAGCACUGGCAGAAGAAAAUAAAAAUUUAAUGAAUGGUGGCAGUGGAGCCUCUAUGGCAGGAUAUGCUGAUCUUAAGAGAACAAUUGCAGUUCUUCUGGAUGACAUCUUGCAACGCCUUGUGAAAUUGGAAAACAAAGUUGAUUACAUCAUUGUGAAUGGCUCAGCUACAAAUACCACUAAUGGAACUAACAAUCAGGCACCAGUAAAUUCAAGUAAACGUGCAAAAGCAGCAGGCAACAUUAGAUAGCAAAGCGGGCCACUUUGUCUUACUACAUCUAUGAUAGGUCAUAAUUAAGACAAGCUUUUUAUCUCUGGCUUGGGCAAAGUAGUAGCCGCCUCUAAAAGAAGCGUACACUAUUCUGUUCUAGAAUGCACUGGAUAUAUGUAGGCCUAACUUAUGUGCAUAAGGUUCUCAAAGCACUAUUUCAUUGCCCUUGAGCAGUGCUUCUAAAGUGAUCUUUGUUGUCUUCAAAAUAUUUUGAUAUCAUGAUUUGAUGUCGUAUGCCAUUGGAUAAUAAAUGGAAAGGAAUGGGGGACUUACAGGCAGGGUUAUAAAUGUAUUUAUUUAAGUAUAAAUAUAGCAUAUCUUUUGGAUAGGUGAGCAGCAUUGUAGCUUAUUCAUUUCUGUGAUCUGCUUUAAACAGAGGUAACUGAGGAAAACAUAUUGUUAAACAGAUGCUAGAAAAUGUGUAUACUUACAGUAUUUUAUUACUCAUUUACUGAAAAAUUAUUAAAUUGAGGAUAGCAUUGGGGGGUAAUGUUUUAGAAUUGUGACCCAAAGAAUGUCUUUAUUUGCACUAUCAGUCAGAAUAGCUAGAGAGAAUUUACUGUAUAUUUAAGAAAAUCCAGUAUAAUAGGAAAACAUUCUAGGUAGUAACACUGUCCAGGUAUAUCCUUAUGCCGGAAUUAGGGCAGUUAGAUUAUCAAAAGCAAAGCAUUAUCUGUGAUACCUUAUAUGAUGAUUUCGUAAAAGAUAUUUAAGUGUAUGUAUUUUGUAACUGCAGAUGAAACUAUUUAAGUGAUGGAAAUAAGUUUUAGAUAUGUGAAUACUGUUUAUUUUUAUUCACUGCUGUUUCUUUUUAACUUUUUAGUACUUUGCAGUUUGUGAUCAGUAUAGCACACCAUCUCCCUGAAAUGCUUUCUUGAUCAGGAGGGAGAGUGAUGAAGGGAGACAAGGCAUCUUUGCAUUUAACAGAGAUAUAUGUACUAAGGGUGUCUUAUCAUGGAAUAUUUCAGAGCUAAGGUAAUAUUUGCCUUAUGUCUAAGUUAGCCUUACAGCAAAGUGAAUUGCAGUGUGGAUGCACUGCAUUUGAAAACGUUACUGAAGUCUUAUUAAAGAGGAAGUGCCACUGAGCCUGUUUUUUAAAACAUAGUGAAUGUUUUGUGGGGAGGGAGGGUAUGUUCAGGGACUUUAGCCAAAAGUGUGCUCGUUGUUGUAUCGUUUUCUGUGGUGUUUUUUGUUUGUUUGUUUUCCAAAGCUAUGUGGGUUUUCUUCUUUUCUUUUUCCCUGCUGGUAUUCUGGAUUCGCUUAGAACAGUAGUAUCCAGAUGAUUUUUUCUUCUUGUUACACUGUGCGUAAACUUGUACUUCCUUGCAGAAAGAGAAAAAUAAAUUUUUAAUUGUA